GUCUCUGACAUCCUUAGACAGCUCUUUGGUCUUGCCCAUGGUGGAGAGGUUGGAGUCUGAUUGAUUGAUUCUGUGACCAGGUGUCUUUUAUGCAGGUGAUAAAUUGAGACAGGUGUCUUUUAUGCAGGUAACAAGUUGAGAUUAGGAGUAUCUAACCGGUCUGUGGGAACCAGAAUUCUUAAUGGACCCCGGCCCGACCAUGAGCACCCUGCGGCUCCUUUGUGCUUUGGCUCUGAUGGGGGGUGUUUGUGGCGCCCAGGACAGUAACUGCUCGUAUCCUGCCCUGCUCAGCCUCCUCAACCUGGGAGAGAGAAGUGCAGCGCUUGCAGAAACGCGACCCGUGAAGAAUUUCACCAAAACAACGUCUGUGAUGGUCGACAUGUUACUGAAUGGCAUCCUGGAGGUGGAUGAGAAGAAGCAGACGUUCACCUGCUUUGUCACAGCCUCAACAUCCUGGGACAGUGACAUCUUACAAUGGCGCCCUAAAGAGGUCUGUGGACUCCGUCGGAUUUCCAUUCAAAGGGAAAAGCUCUGGAUCCCAGAUAUAGUUAUUCUUGAGGACAUUGGAAACUCCGGGGUUUCCAUAUACAACCAGUAUGCCCUUGUGUUUCAUUUUGGAUUACUUCAAGUGGUCGAUCGAUAUGAGCUGACCACUGCCUGCAGGAUGGACCUCUACCGGUUUCCGUUUGACACUCAGAUCUGCUCCAUCACCUUUCAGUCCGUCUUAAACACAGUGCACGAAGUGCGACUUCGGUCAUAUUUCAACCAAAGCACCAUGAAUCAUCACACCAGAGAAGUCUUCACAUCUCUGGGAGAAUGGGAACUAGUGGGCAUCAACAUUACUGUGGAGCAGUAUAACAUUGGCUUAACAGCUUGGGAUCAGCUCAAGUACAUGAUCAUUCUGGAGAGGAGACCGCUGCUGUACGUCAUCAACCUUGUAAUACCAAUAACUUUUUUGCUGGUCCUGGACGUGGCCUCCUUCUGCAUCAGUGAGGCCCGAGGAGAAAAACUGGGCUUCAAAGUGACCAUCCUGCUGUCCAUCUCUGUGCUGCUGCUGAUUCUUCAAGACAUUCUGCCCUCCACUGGAGACCGGCUGCCACUGAUGGCUUUUUACUGUAGUGUCAUCUUCACACUGACGGGUCUGAGCCUGCUGGAGACCAUGGUGGUGAGCCUGCUGGUUAAUUUGGACGACUGUGUUGAAAAGGACAUGGACGCACUGGAGACGGGUGACCUUGCUGAGUCCCAGAAGGAGGUGGAGAACUGUGAGGAUCCUGGCAGACAAGGAGAGCCGGCGAGGGCUGUUGACAUCAGCUUGGAAACGAAGGAAAAUGAGCCGAACAUCAGCGGCGGUGAUGCUCACCGGCGGAUGACGCUGCAAAAGCUGCUCAUCAGUAUCUUCAAACCAGGCAAGAAGAAACCAAGAUAUUAUAAGGAAGUGGCGAAAAAAAUUGACAUUGUCUAUUUUUGCCUCUAUUUCAUCUUCGUUAUUGCAUUCAUGGCUUACACUUUUAAUGAGUGGGUUCACUAAAUGGGCUCUGUGGUUCUUUAUGAUUUCUGCGUCUGCAUUUUGUAAGGAACUGAGCCGCUGCCUCCCAUGUACAACUGUCUAAAUUUAUUAAUAAAUCAAUAUUUGCUCCAUUGUACCUCCCUGUAUAUUUCUCUAAGCUACAGUUAGAUGACCGAGGUCUGCAUUUUACAACUAUAAAUGAUUACUUAAGGGGAAAAAGGCAUAGUCUUUCCAU